AUGUCACCAAUACCUGAUUUGUUAGAACAAGACAUAAUUAAAACUAAAGAAAAGAUUAAUAAAAGUAACCAUAAAGUUUACUGUAAGGCAUAUAUUAAUAUAUUGGGUGAUGAUGGGAUGGAAGUUUUUGUUUUAAAUAAAAUGGAUAGGAUAAUUGCACACCUUAAAAAAUGUACAUAUUUUAUAGAACAAACAACAUCUGAGAAGAGAGAAAAAGUCUUUAACUUAUCCAAUGAUGAACAAUCAAGUUCAUAUGAUACCAUGUUUACCUUAUUACAAUCAUUCACCCAGAAGGGCAUUGUACAAUUCACUUCUUUUGGCCCACUUGACAACUAUUCUGUUUAUUCAUUUUCGCAACAAGACUAUGAAAAAUUUAAAGUUCUUUUGCUAAGACUAACGCUUCCAGAUCGCCAGACUCUUAGUGAACCAACUUUAGAGGUAGCAGUUUCUAAUAUGAUAGAGGAAUGUUUGAAGCUCUUCAAAAAGAUUCAAUUGUUGCAAAAGGCUUUUAAUAUAAGCAAAUUAAAAGCUUCUAUCACAUGGGAAUAUUCACACAAGUCAGACCCUGUUGAAUUACCUCUACCCAGUUUUCAAGAUAAAUACAACACAGAAAAUAAUGAUCAGCCAAAUAUAAAUUACGAAAAAUUGAAUGCAUGGAUCAAAAUAUCGAAAAAUGAAAUUGAUAAAAUUGCACAAAUAUAUAAAGAUGAGAAUGAGAUGUUAACUUCGGAAAUUGAGGAUAUC